UAGGUUUCUGCUCUUCGUAAAUACCGCAUUUCAUAGACAGCAAUUCUGUGUGAUUUUAUUGGAUUUAAUUAUACUUUCAAUUGAAACUACCUCAAUAAUCCACAAACAAUAUGCAACCAGCAAUCGUUUUAUUCGGAGAAGGAACGGAUAAUUCACGAGGCAUACCACAGUUGAUCUCAAACAUAAAUGUCACUGAAGUAGUUCGUACAACUCUAGCUUCCCGUGCUAUGGACAAAUUGAUUGUGAACAACAACGCAACAUUGACAGAGAUGCAAAUUUUCGUGAAAACAUUAACCGGCAAAACCAUUACCAUCACUACCAACGGAUCUGAUUCAAUUGAAAAUGUUAAGGUCAAGAUUCAAGACAAAGAAGGAAUUCCACCAGAUCAGCAGCGAUUGAUAUUCGCUGGUAAGCAGAUUGAAGAUGGACGCACCCUAGCCGAUUAUAACGUUCAGAAAGAGUCCACUCUUCACUUGGUGCUCCGUCUCCGUGGUGGUGUAAGAGUAACGAUCAAUUUCUGCGGUAGAACAACUUUUGACGUGGAACCAUCAGAACUAAUUUGGACCGUCAAACAAAAAGUUCGGGACUUGAACGGCAUACAGCCAGAAAAUCAACAUUUGUUGUUUGCCGGUACGAAAUUGGAAGAUGCAAAAACGAUAGCUGAUUACGGCAUAGUGGAUAAUUCGCGCAUCGAUCUGAUCCCACUGUAUCCAAUAUGUGAAAUCCCCAAAAAUGCAAAGCCGGCCGUUAGAGAUUUCAUUGUUUUCCAUUCAAAUUGCGAAGGCUGGAUGGCUGAAUCAUUUUUAGCCAACGGGUCACUGAUUAUGGAAAAAGACAAAUUGAAACAAUUUUGCUAUAAGUUGACCAGUGAUGCACUAGAAAUCAAGAAACAAAUGAAGCAAACUGAAGCGGAACUGGAGGAAUUUAAGAAUAGUCGCAGUGACAUGGUUGAACAGGGAGGCAAGACGAUGGAAGUGAGCACAAAGUUGGUGGAUGAGAAUGCAAAAUUGCGGGAAGAGAAUGCAAAAUUAGUGGAAGAGAAUGACACAUUAAUCAGAGAGAAAGAGCGAUUGGUGGACGAGAUAACCAAAUUUCGGGAAGAGAAUACAAAAUUGGCGAAACAAUACGGAAAUGACAAAUUAGAAGAAAAAUUUGCGAAAUUAAUGGAAAUUAGCUGAUCACAUCCAAAUCGACAGUCGAGGAAAUGAAGAUUUGAUUUCUCUUGAAUAUUAUGAACUGGCAGUGGAAUGACUACUCUUUUAAAAUAACAAGUAAGGCCACUAACGUGUCACAUCCUUUAAGCAUGGUUUCCACUCAACAAAAAGCACUCCGUGAGAGAGCGAGCUGCCAUGUCAAGCAAACAAAGCAAAAAUCGAAAAAAUUCAAUUUUGUCUCUCACAAGGAGGACUUUUUAGAUAAGUGGAAAUCACGCCUUAAGCACAAAUCGUACUAUACUCCGUUCUGAAAACGGUUCAUCCGUUUACACGACAAUUAAACAAAAGGCAGUGAAUAUGUUCUAAACGGAGGCAAAACGGAAUGAGAACGGAGAACUUUUUUGUAAACGGUGAAUGUACGAUUCGUGCUUUACUCAUUAAAAAAACGGAGUGACACAUUUUCCUUCAUCAUUCAUCUUGUAAGUGGUUCCGAUUUUGCCGACUGUACUGCUUACAUUUUGGGUUAAUUCAAUUUUUUUCAAGUAACUUUGAGAAAAUCGUUUCUUGAUAGAAAACAAUUUUUUUUUUGUUUAAAAUAAUGUUGUCCGUCGAUGCAAAAUAACUUGUGAAACUUGCGAUCCCCCAUUGCCAUGAUACCACUAUAGUUAAACUACUUACAAUUAUCAAUACAAAUGCAUCAGUUGAUUGAAAACGGGAAAAGCGUCUAAUUUUCAAUUUAUAUGAGACUAUGAGACUGACUGUUAUAAUUAUAGAACAAAAUAAAGUAAAUUGUAAGCACUUAA